AUGUGCCCCCCUUCCACAAAUGCCCUCCUUCUGCGCCUAUAUCAAUUUCGUCGUAUAGUUUUAUCUUGCACAUUUGUGCAAAACCCACUUAUUCUGUCCUCCCCUUAUUAUUUUUUUUUUUUUAAGUCAAAAAUGAGAAAAGGAAAACCGAGGCAUGUGCCAAUGUUUCUACGAGGAGAAAAUAGAAAUAUAUUUUUUACAUUUUUCUCAUAUUUUAUGUCAAAAAAUGAGUUGGAUAUCAUCUUUGAGCAUUACGAUAUCGGAUUAAUUGUUCUCACCAAAAUUCACAACAUAAGGAAAAAAUAUGAAGAUGAAAAAUAUAGCAUGCAGGAGGAUGACAAUAAGCUGGACAAAGAAGAUGAGGAGUCGUUUGAACAAAAAGUUAGAACCUUCUUCCUGAACUAUAACAUGGACCCUCCACAUGGCCAAAAUUAUGACACAGAAAAUGGGAACCAUAAUGGCUAUGAAAACUAUGGAACAAAUGUCAUAUAUGACCAAACGGAUGGGGGAAACGCGAACAAAUCAGAUGGUAAGGAGAAUAAUGCCUUUUCAUCCAAUACAGGGACGGAAGGGACGAAACGCGAAGGCGAUGAGAACAAGCUCCAUAGUGUAGCGGAAAGGGUGACUCAAGAAGUUCAUCAGAGGGAUGAUCACAGCGUUGUGCAGAAUAUUACCCUAAACGCAGAUAUUAAUCUAACUACACAGACCAAUCCCCAAGAAAUAACUUGCAACGAAGUUACCAAAAAAAGUACGUUAAAGUUAGAAGAAAGAGUUGACAAUCAUGAAAUGUGUCGAAAAAACAUAAAAUUAAAGGUGGAAGAAUGCCAUCGUGAAAAUGAAUUCGAAGUAACAGAGCACCCAGAAGAUACAAAUAACACCAGUACCAGCUGUCACAACACAUUGAGCUCAAAAGAGAAUACUCCUGCUAACAUGAAGAAUUUUAAUCAUGAAGGUCAUAACCUGAGAGAAACAAAAAAAAGAAAUGCCCAUGAAAUAGGAAAGCUGAUCAAAAUAGAGGCAAGUGGCAAAGAGAAAGAUGAGGGCCAAAAGAGGACAGGUCAAAUGGACCAGAAUAUACGCGUGCAGAAGAACCUACAGAAGGAAAAACAAACACAAGGGUCUAAAAACGGAGAGAGGAGACAGGACAAGAAAAAAGGAAAACAACAUAUGUCUGUAGAAGUGAAAAGGGAAAUUGUGCGUAGUGAAGCGGACGGGGGUGGACGUAGCAAAUAUGGUGAAGACCCAAAUGACGCGAGCAAGCAACACAUAGGUGAAAAGAUAAAAGGCAGGACAGAACCGGAUGACACCAUUUUCCCCGCACGAAAGAAAAAUGAAACUUACAAAAAGUUCAGCAAAAGAAUCAACAGAAAAAAAAUAAACGAAUUUGUAGACUACCCAGACGAGCACUGCUUUUACAUCACGGAUCUGUGUAAAAAGGGAACUAUGCUAUCGCUCAAGAGGAAUCAAUUAACCAACCAGCAUAGAGAUAAAUAUAAAUUUCCCAUUUAUCCGAAAUUUACAAACCCUCCAACCACGAACCAGUACUUCCCAUUUAGUAGGGAAAUUCAUCCUCUAAACAACAUUCGCAUGAAACUUAAGUUAUUUAAGCAUCUAAAUGGAAAACCCCUUACUACAAACAUCCUUAAUGAAUUAGAUCAUCCACAGAAUAGAAAAGAAAAAAGAUCAUAUGAUCUAUGUGCCUCAUUUAACGAAUACGAUAUUUUACGAAACUUCUACCAAGUAGAUGGAAAUCACAUGCCCAAUCAUACCUACACCCUCGAGAAUGUCGAAAGUGUAGUUUAUGAUACGUGUGAUCGUCCAUCCUUUAUGAAUUUACAAAAUGCUAUUUGCGAUAUGAACGAAGAGGACAUCCCAGCCAGAGGGAGAAAUGCAGCCAACGGAGGUGAGAUACAUGCACUCAGCUUUAACGGGAUGAAGGGGGAUAACGAGAAGAGUGUUGUCGGGAAGGACGGAGGGCGCAUAGGGGAUGCCCCCGUCAACGGAAGCUAUGAUCAGUGUGCCACAACAAAUAAUAUAAUUGAUGAGUAUGCUACAACCAACGGCAGAAGCGAUUCAUGUAAAAAAUUCAAAAACGACCAGCACCAUUUCCAUAAUAAAAAUACACUACACAGUGGAGAGAAUAUCGUAAAAGGGAAACCCACUUAUGGGGAGAAACACGGAGAAGCCACAGAACAAAUCAGCCCAAUGAAUCAUUUAACUGAUCUCGUAAAACGAGAACCGACAUUACCCACGAUGAGUUGUGACCACAAAAUGUACAGCGAGGGAGAGAGUAUUUUAUGCUCCAUUAAUCCAAAUGGUCUGACAACCCGUGAACACAGGAAUGAACCUUUCCUGAAUAUAAACGCCCCGUUGGAAAACAACAACGCGGGUAGUAGUAGCUAUCCAAACAGUACAUACACACCAUAUGCACAAUACCCACAGUAUUCAGUGUGCCCACAGUACCCAGCGUACCCACAGUUCUCAACAUACCCACCCUACUCAACAUACCCACCCUACUCAACUUACAAUUCAAAUUUUCAAGGAAAUCCCAUGAUAAGCAGCCACCUUAGCAAUAAUAACGUAGAAAAUUAUUUCACCAACGCAGAUGGCAUAAAUUAUAGGAUUACAAAUAUGAAUUUCAAUUCAAAUGGUAGCAUCGCAGAAGAUGUCCACAACAACCCUGUGAUGAACACUCCCCAUAAUAGCGUCUACCCCAUGAGUAGUAACAAUUAUAUCCUUAACAGAAAAAGCAUAAGUAUGUUCUCCGAUGGAAAAUUCCUCACAGAUAAUCCCCUUCCAAACGGAAACGUCAACCUUAGCUUCUUCAAAAAUGAUCUAUUUAACGCAAGAAGAAGUUUUUCCUAUAAUAAUUAUUACCAACAUUCAAAUCCAUACUACAUUUUCAAGUAUAAUAAUCAUCCCGGUAUGACCACCCGCAAUUAUUACAGCAAUAGUUACACCACAAUGAAUAAUCGGAGCAGUAGUUACACUAACGGAGGAAUAGCCAACGGGGCCCAUCUCUUCACAGAUAAGGAAUACAUAAACAUGUUUCCAAAAAAUUACAGGAAACGGAGUUUCCAUCAUAGGAAUUCUUCCAACCAAGAAAAUACAUCGCAGAUAAGUAACCACAACUUCGCUCCUUGCAUGCGUAACCAGAACGACCAUUUAAACCACCAGACAAACAGCAGAAAUAUUCCGUUCCAUAUCAAUCAAUACACUGUCAAUGAUAUUGUAAGCACUUCGCACAAAGACAAACAGGAAGGCAACGCUCAUAAUAUAUCAGGAGCAAACCCUAAUCAACUACUCAACGGAUCAUACAACGAGAGAGUGAAUGAAUUUGGCACAUCAAUACCUGGGGAGUGCUUUCAAAACACCAGUGCAGUCGACUUGGAAAACCAAGCAACCGUUCCUGCGAACAUUUUAAUCAACGUGCAAAAUGCAAAUGAAGAACAAGUAAAAAAAAUGCAAUCGCUGAUAACCAAUUCGUCUGAUAGCCAGAUUUCCUCACCCAAAGAUGGAAUAUCGACAUUGGAUGGACCGCCAACCCUCCAGGACGUUGCCGUUCGUUAUCUUCGCGACGAAUUACCCGUUGUAGAUGAUGGUGGCGAUGGAGUCCACGGUGUAGGAAACGGUCCUGGAAACGGCCCUGGAAACGGCCCUGGAAACGGCCCUGGCAACGUUGCAGGAGGAGAGCCCCCCAAAACAGUUAAACAAGAAAUAGGAGAGACACACGCAGAUGUACAAGCAGAAGAAAUACCUGGCGCAGAAACGUUGAUCCCAGACCAUCACGUCGAAGGUAAGCAUAUCAUUACGCAAGGGGGGAGCCUCAAUAAUAAUGAGAAAGCAAGGCAGGUGAUCACAAAUAACAGUCCGUCUCGCACAGAAAAAAAUUACGCAGAUAUGCACACAGGCAAUAGUGGGGAGAAGCAUCAGAAGGAUGGCCCAAAUUAUGUAUUGACAAAUAAGUUACACUGGGGAGAAAACAAAGAGCCAGGAAUUGCAGGGGAUUUAAUCUGUGUAGAGGAAGAAGUGCGAGAAAUUUUUUCCCACGACAGUAAAACAAUGAGAAGGUAUAGCAACAAGCCAAACGUGGGAAAACAUGAGAAGGCGGAUUUGCACUGGAUGGGCAUAGGCGAAGUGAGUACACAGGGAGACGAAUUAGAGGGAACGCCCAGCCAUGCCUUUCACCCUGACGCUGAUCCGGAGCAGCAGCAAUCGCAACAGCAAUCACAACAGCAAUCGCAACAGCAAUCGCAACAGCAAUCACAACAGCAAUCGCAACAGCAAUCGCAACAGCAAUCGCAACAGCAAUCGCAACAGCAAUCGCAACAGCAAUCGCGGCAGCAAUCAUCACGACCAUCACCACAGCGAUCGCAACCAUGGAACCUUCCCCGCGCGGAGCACUCACACCUUUCGGCGAACACGCAACAUGAAGAACUCAACCAGAAGGGCAAUAUCUUUCCGUCUCUGUCUAAACAGGAGAACAAUCCCAAAGAGCAGGACCACAUUACCUCCGUCUACACGUAUGAACAGAACGACUCAAGGGAAGGAAGGAAAACAGAUAGAAGCAACAGCGAAGUAAUUAUUUGCCCACCGUCGUAUUAUGUGAAUUGCCUCCCCCAUCCGAUAAAAAGCGAGCCUAUUUUUAAUGCACAAAAUGUAUAUAAUCAUGUGAGAGGAGAAAAUAAGAAUGCGCUGAAUUCACAUGCUGAGAAAAAUAAUUACACAUCUCACCUUAACAAGACGAAGGAGGUUCUCCUUGAAAGAACCCCAGAGUGUAUAAUUGCCAAUAUCCAUGAACCGUCGCCAUGGGUACAACUACCCCCAAAGGACGAACAGAAUAACAUCCAUGAACAAAGGAGCGACAACAACUAUGCCUUAAACCAUGUAAAUUAUUUACCAUUGCAAAAUGGGUACUGCAAUAAGGAAGACAAAUACACUACAGUUAAGGAAAUUAACAAAAUGCUCGUUCAGAAUAGUGAAAAUUACGUUUUAACGAAGCAAGAAAUUUAUAGCAAUGCAACUCAUAACACGGUACAUGUGCAAUCACAUGGUAUGAAUAACUUUACAACUUCGAUGAAGAAUGAUGAACUAGUGGAAUGUAGGAUGGACAGAAAUGUGAAUAUGGACAUCAUACGGGACGAGCUGAACAACAAUGCCGAUAGUACCCUCGGCAAGGGCAUGGCCAUCAGUACAGUCAACAAAAUAGACUCCAUGAACGCGAUAAACACGACGAACACGACGAACACGACGAACACGACGAACACGACGAACAUGACGAACACGACGAACACGAUGAACACGAUGAACACGAUGAACAUCUACACCAACGGCGUCGUAGACAAAAGGAUAAGUCGAAAUGAAUACGCAAAUGAAAAUCUAUACUACCCACGAUGCGACAACGUACUUGUAAACAACUACUUGCGAGAUUCCCAUUUUAACAAUCUCCAAAGCUUGCAGUAUUACACAGGGGAUCAUAUGAUGCCCUCAAUUUUUCCACACCUAAAUCCACAUUAUGUGCAAAAUAAAUUUACCUCCUUAGAGAAUAAAAAUAAUUUUGAACAUAGUAAAUUAGGAACAGUGCAGCGUACUCAACAGGAUAAUUACGAAAAUAGGAUUAACACUAAUGUAGAAGAUUUAAGCGCAGUAUAUCCAUAUCACAUGAUGGAAACACAAAACCACAUGCAUGCUAAUUAUAUGCCCUACGAUUCUAACUACUACAAUGAGGAGCUGAACCCCAAUUCCUCCGGCUAUGGUGGUAAUGUAAACAACAUGAACUCAUUUAACGAGGAUGAGUUAAAUAUUUCAUACAACAACUGUUACUUAACCCGGUACAACAUGGAUAAUUACUACCGCGGCACAAAUGAAAGAAACAUGUAUGAGCAAAACCUACUUAACCAAUAUAAAAGUAUCCAUGGAGAGAAUCCGUUCCCCUUUUACAAUCCAUUAAAUGCAUAUGCAGGAGGGAUCGUCGCCAAACAAGGGUUUCUCUGGAGACACGCGAAUGAGAGCGCGAACAUAACAGUAGAUCGCGAAAAUGUCCAUCCCGUGGGGGAAAUCCCCAACAAAUAUAGCCACAACAGGGAGGACGCCUUCAACCAACGCAAUGAAGAGAAAAGUGAUGAACCAGAUAACAACGCCAGUGCAGGUAACAGUAUCCGAAACGGAAACGGUAACAACAAUAGUAACAAUAAUGAAGGCGGAACAAUCAUCCAAACGCACCCCUUUUUCAACCGCGAGACGAACAACCCAUAUAGCCAAUGCAACAUGGAAAUCACACAGAAUAUUAGCGAAAACUACCAAGCAUAUUUACAAAGCGCAGCAAGUGACAGCCUUAACAAAAUUAAUGAAAAAAUUCAGCCAUCACAGAUAGACACAAGCAACAAUCUAUAUGACAUUGUCGAAAGCAACAUUACUAAAGGAAAUUCCCAAUGCGAUUUCUUGCAAAGAGAAAAUAAUGACCAAUAUGAAAUGAUUGCCAGUAUAACAUCUAGAGAGUCACCUAACUCAUACAUUAAUGCUAUCAAUAGUGGAGAACAUACGGACAACUUCAAUUCGAAUGCCACCGCUGAUGUGUUCAACGUUCAGACGACAGACGACAUAACAAAUAUUUUUUCCGACAACGUGGAACAGGUGAAAUGGAACCACUUCUUAGAUCACACGAACCAUGCGUACCAUGAUCCCUCCGUGUACAAUUAUCAUCAAACAUGUAAUGGCCAAAGCAGUGUGGGAAGUAGAAUGCAUAUGCAGAAUAUACCAUCUUAUAACAAUUUGGCUAGCUUAAAUGACACCCUCCAAAGCAGUCUCACUAACGGAAUGACCGACCAAAGGCACAUCAACAGUUGUUACGCAAAUGACGUGACUAACUACAAUCAGUGUAAUACUUGUAAAAUAAUACCUGUAACUAAUUUGAGCUUAGUAAAAAUGCAAAAUGAAAGUAUAGAAAAAGAAAUUUUACCCAGUGAUGCUCUCCCUUUUAAUAACCACAGAAAUGCCCAUACAUCUGAUGAUAACAGGAUGGAUAAACGGUUAAACCAGAUGUGCGGUGAUCAAACGAGUGAAGAUACCACUUCUACAGUAAAACAGGAAAAUCAGUUUUCCAUGGAUAGAGGUAGAAAUGCAGAUGAACAGAAUGACGCACAAAUGUGUGUCCUUCAAAAGGGCGCAGAUACAUACGGUCAACAAAAUAAUCCCCUUCAACAGAUCAUAGGCCAUUUCAACCCAUAUAAUGACACCUACAGCGUUAUGCACCCUGUAAAUUAUCGCCCUAAUUUUAUCAAUGGAGAAAAUUACUAUCCAUAUGUUCCUCCCCCAAAUUUUAACCUAAUAAACGGAUAUGACGAAAACAGCACCGCUGAUACUAAAAACACUUUUGUGUGCGUAAGCAAAGGACCCACUUCUGAACAGAGCAACAGUACUACCAUUAGGUACGACAUGAGCGACCAAAUAAACCAUUCCAUAAACACUGCAAUGAAGAGUAAUUACAACACUAACUGUUAUAAUCUACAUAAUGGAGUGGAAAUAAAAAAGGGAACAUUAUCAAAUGAUUUAGAAGACACCACAACUUUUGGUAGCUAUCAAAAUGGGUACCAUCUAACAUUUUAUCAAAAUUGGGAUAAUAGAAAUGGCCAAUUGAAUAACAACCAUCAUGUAGAUUAUCCUAACCUUCGUAUGAUAGACUCUUGUCAGAAGAUGUACAAUGCGACAUCAAAUGAAAAUGUAAAUUCCUUGGUAUCGUGCACAAGUAGGAAUAAUAACCCAAACGGUAGCGACAUGUUAAGCUCCUUUUUUGGUAACACUAUUAUGAGGAGGAACAGCCUGAAUAAUCAGAAUUGCUUUUCGCAGGAGCAAAAUGCCUUGUGCAACAUUUCAGGAAAUGGAAGAAGUACUCUCGGCCGGGAAAUUGUUGACGACCAUCCGAUGAGCCUCAGUUACGUGAGAAAUAAUAAUUAUAAUACUUACAUGUAUUUGUUCUAUUUAUAUAAACAACUUGAAAACAGAAAUCUAAUGAACAGUGUAAGUGUAGCAGGUGGCACAAAUGAUACCAAUGGAAACGUGCAUGUCCAUCAAAAUAUAAUCGAUUUUAACAAACUCCAGGUACCCUUGUAUAAUAGGAGCAUCCCCAAUGGCACAAACGAGGGAUGCGAAAAUUACGUUAAUGAGAGACCCCAAAACAGCGAGAAAAUUCACACCCAACAAAGCGGUGAGACACAAUAUAAAGAUGCAUUCCAAAAUGUGCCCUCACAAAAUAUUAACCAGAACAGCAUAAACCAUUACAGAGAAACACAAAAAUCAGCUAACAACAAGCCCUUCGAUGUAGACUCAGGCAGAAAUGUGAGCAAUGAAAUAAACAGGUACAUCGAAAAUUAUCAGAACCAACUAAAUUGCAUUAACAACAUUAAAGGCAAUUUACUAAAUUGUAAUGCAUAUAACGUAGGUGUUCCUAAUAAUAAUUUUCCACCAAACUACCCUGUGCAUUUAUUAAACUGCAACGUGCAAUGUAGCAACGUGCAAUAUAGCAACGUGCGAAAUAGCACCCCCCCAGAUAGAAAUUCGCUUUGCCUAAAUGCAUUAAACGGUGUUUACCCGUCCCAACAUAGUAAUUAUAAUACGCCCAAUUUUACUGAAAACAGAAAUGCCCUAUUAAAUGAUGACAGGAGGGACCAUAUAUUCAAUAACAUUAACUACCCUUUGAACCAAUUGCAGAACAUCCUCCACAGAGACGGUAGAACCCAAAAUGCUGACACUCCCCUCCCCAUUCCGCUGAUAAAUUAUUACAAUUUGCAAAUGUUACUUAACUCCAUGAGGGAAAAACAAAUAUACAAUUCGAUGAACCAAGACGAUUCACAACAUGGCAUUGAUAUGAGCGGCAAAGAGGAUCAUGUCGCCGAUUUGACUGCAAGAGUGAGCGGGAUGCAGAACAGAAACAGAAACGAAUACAACAUUAAUUACAGAGGAGAUGAUAAAAGCAUCCUCAAAGACAAUACGAAGGAUGCAGGAAAAACAAAUACCAAAGGGGGAAACGCCAAAAAUCUGAGAAAACACAGUUAUUCUAUAUCCUCCGUGGGGUUCAGCAACAGAAGCAAGAGAUGGACCAUUUGCCCUUCUUACGUCUGCUGUAACAGCGCCCUCUGCAGAUUCAAACUCACGUGCAAUUUCAAGUUUUUGCAAUUCAACCAGAAUUAUAAUACGUUUAACACUCCAUGCGCUGUAUACAACUGCUACAAAAAUAUUAUGAACAAACAUAAUUACUUUACCUCCACGUUGUGUCCACAACAAACUUACCUAUCCAAACAUUCAGCACAGGAGCACGAAACGAUUUUCAACGUAUAUUGGCACCUGCUCAACAAAGAAAAGUAUCAAUACAUACAAAAUAUUAUCCUGUUCCUCGACAGCAAUUUAUACACCAGAGCCGUGUGGUUACUAAAAAAGGGUUACAAUAUGGACGACUUCCAAGUUCAAAAGGCGGAAAGAAAAUUGAUAAAAUUGAUGCUCCUAGUUUUCAAAUUUACUCAUGACUAUAAAAAUGACAGUGGUAAAUACGAACAUAUAAAAUCCUUCCUGUAUUCUCUGAAAAGCAGCCACAUCAAUUUUGAGCUCAUGAAUCGCUUCCUCUUCUAUUGA